CCGCCCGCCCGGUGCAAUACUCGCGUGGUAUUGGUUGCGCGUGUUCGUAUACGUGUUUAUAUAUACGUGUCGCGCCGGUGUGCAUGCGCGCACAUAUGUAUGCGUGGUGACCCGCGCUCUCCACCGGGAAAAGGAGAGCGAGCUGCUGCUGCUGCUACUGCUGCUAUGCGUCCUCGCGUGGCCUGGUGGCUUGCGAUCACCACGAUCAUGUCGCGAAAAUAAUCGCGCGCCGGUGUCUCGCGGGUGUCUCUUUUUUCUGCGCAAAUUACGGGAAGAGAGACGGAUUGGUGAUUCGCACCGUACACACGCGCUUUGCUAUAUUACCCGCCCCGUUUGUCUCGUUUUCUUGUACUUUUGUCAUUCAUUGUUCUCCGUCUCUUUCUCGCGCACCCUCUCUCGCUCGCUCGCGCUCGUUAAACUCCCCGUCUCUUUCUGUCUUUCUUUCUCCCGCGCGCUCUCUCUCUCUCUCUCUCUCUGUCACUCGUCGUCGCGGACCGGGGACGAGACAACGUUUUGUAUCGUGCGUCAUAAACGAAGGAAAGACGGAAGAGAUAAAAAAUUCGGGGGGGGUGUCCCGCGUUUAAUUUUAUGUCGAACGCUGAAGAACGCCGCGGCGACCUGGAAGUGAAGUGAGAAAAGUCCGUUGGCGGUGUGUCCGCGGAGUGUGAAGUGCGCGCGAUCCGGUCGUACGUCGCCAACAACGACGGCCAGCAGCGAGGGGAAGCCUCUCUCGCGCGGUUAGCGGAGAGAAGAGAAGAUAUCCGUGUCGAAGGGACACACUCUCUCUCGGUUGUGCAGCUCUGGGUGAUCCACGGCGGUGGAUGGUGGGGUGGACGGUGCGGGAAACGUCGAAAUAAGUGACGGGGAAAACAAAAAGAAGAAAAGGAGGAAAGAUGCCGGGCCUAAUCGCGGUAAGCGAGUUCGUCGAAGAGACGAGGGAGGAUUACAACUCGCCCACAACGUCCACCUUCGUCUCCCGAAUGCCACAGUGCAGGCAGACCAUUACAUCCCUCGAGGAGACCUUGGAUUUCGACAGAGACGGUCUCACGAAACUGAAGAAGGCUAUCAAAGCUAUCUACAAUUCCGGAAACGCACAUGUGGACAACGAGGUGUACUUGGGAAGAGCGCUCGAGCGACUCGGCGAUGCCGCGCUGAAGGAACAGGAACCGGACAUAGGCGCGGCGUUUCUCAAAUUCGCCGUGGUCACGAAGGAACUGAGCGCCCUCAUGAAAACCCUGAUGCAGAACAUCAACAACAUCGUGAUGUUUCCGUUGGAUUCGGUGCUGAAGGGUGAUCUGAGAGGUGUGAAGGGUGAUUUGAAGAGGCCGUUCGAAAAGGCCUGGAAGGAUUACGAGGCCAAGUACGCGAAAAUCGAGAAAGAGAAGAAGCAGCACGCGAAGGAGGCCGGUUUGAUACGCACGGAAGUCACGCCCGCCGAGAUAGCCGACGAGAUGGAGAAAGAGAGACGGUUGUUUCAGUUGCAAAUGUGCGAGUAUCUGAUCAAAGUAAACGAGAUCAAAACGAAGAAGGGCAUCGAGCUGUUGCAGCAUCUAGUCGAAUAUUAUCACGCGCAAACAAAUUACUUUCAGGACGGUUUGAAGACGAUCGAGCACUUCGGCUCGUACGUGGCCGAUCUCAGCGUGAAGCUACAAAAAAUCCGGCAGACGCAAGACGAGGAAAGGAGACGGCUAACGGAACUUAGAAGUCUCCUGAGGAGUUCCGGAUGUGACAAAGAGUUGCACGCGAACGCGAACGCGGGAUAUUCGCUGCAUCAGCUGCAAGGUGACAAGCAGCACGGCGUUACUCGCUCGGGUCACCUGCUGAAGAAGAGCGAGGGCAAAAUGAGGCGAGUCUGGCAGAAGAGGCGAUGCGCCGUGCAGGCGGAGGGCUAUCUCGAUAUCUGUCACGCGGACGAGAACAAACCGCCUACCAGAGUGAACCUAUUGACCUGCCAGAUCAAGUUAGUGCCGGAUGACAAGCGAGGCUUCGAUCUCGUAAGCUACAAUAGAACGUACCACUUUCAAGCGGAGGACGAGGCGGAUCAGCGUGCGUGGAUGUCGGUCCUGGUAAAUUGUAAGGAGCGCGCAUUGCUGCGGGCGUUCGAUGCGAGCGGCAAGGCGGAGGCCGGGAGCGGCAAUCCCAGCCUCGUUGAGUUGCAGCAGGCCGUGAUACGAUGCGUUAUGCGGUUACCCGGAAACGAUCAGUGUUGCGAUUGCUCCUCGCAGAACGACGCUACGUGGCUGUCGACGAACUUUGGCAUAAUAGUGUGCAUAGAGUGCAGCGGCAUCCACCGAGACUUGGGCGUGCACAUAUCGCGAAUACAAUCACUGACGCUGGACAACGUUGGCACGGCUCAGCUGUUACUCGCGCGGCAUAUGACCAAUCAGACGUUCAACGAGGUGAUGGAGGCGUCGUUACAUCACAAUCUUAAACCGUCACCAACGUCAACAAUGGAGGAGAGAUACGAAUUUAUACGCGCCAAGUACUUGGAGAAAAGAUACGUAAUGAACACGUGUGCGGACGAGCGUGAUCUACUUUCCGAUUUGGAGCAUGCCGUUAAUAACCGCGACCUGCAACAACUACUACAAGUCUACGCCGAGAACGUUGAUCUGGCCGCACCGCUGCCGACAUCGGAUGUAGGCGAGACCGCGUUACACUUGGCCAUUCUACGUGAAAUGGGAAACAGUUUGCACAUUGUGGAUUUUCUGGUGCAAAACAUGCCGAGCGGCGGUAUCGAUCGAACAACCAUCGACGGCGAAACGGCGUUGCACCUUUCCGCGCGGCAUGACAGAGCAGAAGCAAUGAAGCUGCUACUGCGAGCGGGCGCGGAUCCGUCACAUCGUAACAAGCAGGACAAAACUCCAUUAGACAUUGCACAGGAAAUGGGACAUCAUACGUGCAAAGAAUUGUUAAGUCACGCUCUGCAAAGACAGAAGACGUUGUUCGAUAACGUAAAUAUUGACUGGAAUCUCUCUCACGAUGAAGGCUCUACGGAUUUCUCCGACGACGAAACAAUAAUUGAAGACAGAAACGGAUGCUUGACACCCGAAAAGAAAUCACGCAGCAGGCCGCCGUCGUACGCUGGAGGAGGUGGUACGGGAUCCGGUGAUUCGCCGGUAACACUACGCAGUCGGAGUAGCACCUGUGACAGUCUGCAGAGCGGGUCAUCUCCGAGCGCGUCGACGAAUCGCCAGCAAAUGCCUCCACCCCCGCCACCGCAAGCGAGAAAACCUGUAGCUGUACCUACCCCCAUGGCGCCGGACAUUUCGAUAAACAUCCACGGCUCGCUGAAGAAACGAGUAGCGCCGCCGCCGCCACCUCCCGGGAACGCAUCGAGCGGCGUUGUCCUGCCAUCGUCGCACUACGGUACGCUACCUACGUCGACACACAGUCGUACGACUAGCGAGCCGAUUUUAGCCGGUCACACUUUACACACUCUACCGCAUUCGUUGAAUACAUUAAAUAGCCAACGUCAUAAGAGAUCACCGAGCGGCGACUCGUCGACGGGACAUGGUAUGGAGAAGACAAAUACCUCAACGUUGCAGAGACCGCGAAAUCCACCGCCACCCGCGCCGUCCGGUAUUACGUCCAGACUGAGCAACGGUCGCAGCAGCGAGUCCCUGAGUUCCAUGUGCUCGGAUCACGGUCUGGGCAAUCCCAUUCCGCCGCCGCGAAAGCGAAGGGACCGAUCCAGACUAGAGAGCUACGCCGAGGAGCCUUCAUCUUUGCUCCCAAAUCUGAAUCUGCCAACGUCAUCGACUUUGAACGGCCUUCGACGUUGUCGAGCCUUGUACGACUGCGAGGCCGACAACGAGGACGAGCUAUCUUUCCGCGAGGGUGAAAUCAUCAUCGUGACGAACGAACAGACCGACGACGACAAUUGGAUGGAGGGCGCGCUGGAACGGGCGCCGGAACGGCGGGGCAUGUUCCCGAUAAGUUUUGUGCACAUGCUGCAGGAUUAACAUUCGGUAAGCCUGAACUCGUUGGCGAGCGUUUCCAGCACUGCCAGUUCGAUGAGCGUCGCAAGUCUCGGCCGGAGAAGCUGGCUGAGGAAACCGAAGGAGUGAACGAACAAUAAUUCACACAAUCUAUCUCCGUUUCCGUCGUCUCUUCUGAAAGUUCUGGGAGACAGCCAUAAGAAGCGUUCGAAAGAAGAAGAAGAAGAAAAAAAAAACAAAGCGUUAGAUAUCGAUAAGCCGUUUACUUAAGGAAAACAUUUCAGAGUUUUUCCUCCGUGUUCCGUGAAAUAAAAUUAGAAUAUUAGCAAAAAAAAAUUUGGGAUUGUGUAACGAAUAUUUAAAAAAGAUUUAUUUUAAGCCCCGGUCGAUAUAAUAUUUUGUUGUAAUAAAAUCUUAUCACAGUCAAUUUAAUUUUAUCUUUUAUCCGCAUGUGUAAUAUGAGUCAAUGUCUACCACGAAGUUCUAAAAAAAAAAAACAAAAAAAAACAAACUUUCUAACAAUAAAUUUUAAUUUUAAUUGUUCGUUUUUGUUCUCACACACAAACGGACACCUUUGAAGAUUGGACUGUUUAUUUUGAAAGUGGUGUAAGUCCAUUUUCUUUUGUUUCGAGAAACUAGUUAUACAUAAAAAAUUUACAUUAAA